CUUGUUGUUGACAUGUGGAUAUACAGUCGGAAGAGGAAGGUGACAUUUUGAAUAAAAUAGAUGUUUUCAAGGUUGUGAAAAACAGCAAAGUACAGGGACGGACGAGGAAAACAGGAUAAGAUGUCUUCUCUUGGAAGAGUUUUAUCUGUCUUCAGAGAAGGGACACGACUCGUUAAUCGUGGACCUCAAAGAAUUGUAGUGCGAAGAGCAGGCGGUGGACCUCACAUAGAGGCCCAGUAUCGGCAAGCCCCUCAGCUCACUAGAAGCCAGCAAUUCCAAGCAGAACUACUCAGCGGUGCCAUGUGGUUCUGGAUUCUGUGGCACUGUUGGCAUGACCCAGAUGCAGUGCUGGGUCACUUUCCAUGGCCUGAUGCUUCUCAGUGGACAGAUGAAGAACUUGGGAUACCUGCAGAUGAUGAAGAGUGAGGAUCAUCCUUUCAUGUGCCGGAUUCCAGCUGGACUAACUGGUGCAGUUGUUCAUCAGUCAGUAUUGUAAAUAGACUAAUAAAGAAAUAUGGAUUUAUCCCA